GAAGAAGAAGACGUCAGCUGCUGCAAGCAAACAUGGAGGACGGCGGAGUGCUUGUUGAGAAACCUCAGGAGGAUGUGCCGGCCCUGCUAAAUUCAAGGCCCCAGACCGGCUUGUCUUUCUUGGCUCCUGAACCAGAAGAUCUGGAGGACCUUUACAGUAGAUAUAAGAAGUUGCAGCAGGAGCUGGAGUUUCUGGAGGUGCAGGAGGAGUACAUUAAAGAUGAACAGAAGAAUCUGAAAAAGGAGUUUCUUCAUGCCCAAGAGGAGGUGAAGAGGAUACAGAGCAUCCCUCUGGUUAUUGGGCAGUUCCUGGAAGCAGUCGACCAGAAUACUGCUAUUGUGGGCUCAACCACAGGCUCCAAUUACUAUGUUCGGAUUUUGAGCACAAUUGACAGAGAGCUGCUGAAGCCCAAUGCCUCUGUUGCUCUGCACAAGCACAGCAAUGCUCUGGUGGACGUUCUGCCUCCAGAAGCUGACAGCAGCAUCAUGAUGCUCACUUCAGAUCAGAAGCCAGAUGUGAUGUACGCGGACAUCGGAGGAAUGGACAUCCAGAAACAAGAAGUGAGGGAGGCUGUGGAGCUCCCCCUCACACAUUUUGAGCUCUAUAAACAGAUUGGUAUUGACCCACCCAGAGGAGUGCUCAUGUAUGGCCCGCCUGGCUGUGGAAAGACUAUGUUGGCAAAAGCUGUGGCUCACCAUACCACAGCGGCCUUUAUUCGUGUGGUGGGAUCUAAGAGACCGUUUUUUUGUUUUAAUGAGUUUUGUUUGCUAAUUUUUCUGUUUUCUAUGUUUGUAGCUGAUAGAGAAGUGCAAAGAAUCCUGCUUGAGCUGCUCAAUCAAAUGGAUGGGUUUGACCAGAAUGUGAACGUGAAGGUUAUCAUGGCCACCAACAGGGCUGACACACUGGAUCCAGCUCUGCUGCGCCCAGGUAGACUGGACCGUAAGAUUGAGUUUCCUCUUCCUGACCGGCGACAGAAACGGCUGGUGUUCUCCACCAUCACCAGCAAGAUGAACCUCUCAGAGGAAGUUGACCUGGAGGACUAUGUUGCCAGGCCUGACAAGAUCUCUGGUGCAGAUAUCAACUCCAUUUGCCAGGAGGCUGGUAUGCUGGCUGUGCGUGAAAACCGAUACAUUGUGCUGGCUAAGGACUUUGAGAAGGCUUACAAGACUGUUAUCAAGAAAGACGAGCAGGAACACGAGUUCUACAAGUAGAAUACACCUCGACUAGAUACCGGCGUUAGAUUUUACCCUAUUUGUUUCAGUCUUGAUUUGUACGUACAGUGUAAUAUUGAGGACAUAAAACUUGAACCUUGAUUUAAAUCUUCAGGGUUUACACUGCUUGUACUGGGACUUUGAUUUCACAGGAUUGUUUCAGAUUCACAUUAUAUAAAAUAUGGAUGGAAAAACAAACAUGUACAUCUGGUGAGCAUUUUGUGUAUUCUGUUUAAUGACUCCUCAAAGAACCAUUAAAAUGUUUUCCAUAACGACUCUAUAUAAAGAUGUUUUUGAUGAUAACCCUAAUGUGUUCUGGCAGAUAAUAGUUUCUGUGUGUUUCUGCAAAGAAAUUAACAGGAUGUUGAUAUUUAACAACUAAACAAAUUUCACCCUGCAGGUACUGGUGCUUAUUUUCAAAAACUAAUUGUCGAUAAUGUGUCCUGUAAUGUCAAUUCAUGUCUGUAAAGACAGAUGAAAAAUACAUCUGUUGAGGCUUUUUGACCUAUAAUGACCCCGAGUAUUCAAAAGCCUUUUUUAUUUCUGAAAUUUGGUCUGUUCAAUUCAAUCUGUAGGAACAAAUAAAAUCUUGUCCAUACAGUUUCGAAUACAUAAUUGUUUGGAAUACAAAAUUCUGUCUGAAGUG